AGAGGGCUGUGUCUGUGGGCCGAGUUCGUUAGGCAGGGCAACCGCGAAGCAGGUUUUCCAGAAGCCAGGCGUCAGCCGGGCGCUGGAGGCUGACCCCUGAGAUGCGCUCCGGUGGAGGUGGGAGUGUCGGGAACGCCUGAAGGCUGUGUCUGUGACAUUCGGUGGCCCUGUCUCCUCUGUGUGUGCCACAAGCCUGCCUGCUUUUGGAGCCCUUUGCGACCCUGACGUGCACCCGUGUGACAGAGUGACGCUGGCAGCACUUAACCCGACAUAUGUUUGUUUCUUGUGCGUGCUUGGAUCCUGUUUAAGAGGUACAACACAGAAGAGAAAAAAUGGCCAUUGUACAUUCAGAAGGGAAGUUUGAGUUUGGUGCAUUUUAGUAAAUGAUCCCUGUGCAAUUGAAAAGACUGUGUUCUGCUGGUGUUGAGUAGAAUAAAUGUCAUCUGGAUCAGGUGAUCCUGGUAAGCCACUUAGGGGAAAGCUGUCCUCACCAUCCCAGAUUUAGUCCACAUGGAAUGCUGUGCAGUCUUCAAAGGGAGUUGAAGCCCCCUCCGCACAAUCAUGUCUCACGCACAUCCAAAUUUCUAGCCCAGGCACCACUCUUAGGAGGGUUCUUUAUUAGACAUUUCUGCCAAGACGUCCUUACUAAGGAAAUCAGUGAUGUUUAGUGAUGUUGCUUUGACUUCUCUCAGGAAGAAUGGAAAUGCCUGGACUCUAUUCAAAGGGAUUUGCACAGAGAUGUGAUGUUUGGAAAAUUAUAGUAACUUGGUGUCAGUAGACUUGCCUUCUAGGUGUUUGAAUAAGGACUUAUCUUCAAAAUAGCACACUAAGAAAUCAGAAUACCUCAGUGAGAAAUGAGUAACAGGUUCAAAUACUGUGCACCUAAGACUAAUUCUUAGAAGAUAAUUGGAAUUUGAAGUUAGAUUAGAGAAGGAACAAGAAGGAAUAUUACAGGAAAGAGAUGAUAACAUAUGACAAAAUGUCUAUUUUUAGCCCACAUACUUAUUUAUCUCAGCAUCCAAGAAUUUAUUCUAUAGAGAAACCCUAUAAAUGUGAGGAAUGUGGAAAAGCCUUCAGACGAGCCUCACACCUAACUCAGCAUCAGAGUAUUCAUACUGGUGAGAAACCCUAUGAAUGUAAGCAGUGUGGGAAAGCCUUUAGUCGUGAUUCUCAGCUAAGUCUACAUCAAAGACUUCAUACCGGUGAGAAACCCUAUACAUGCAAGGAAUGUGGAAAGGCUUUUACCCAAAGCUCACAACUUAUUUUACACCAUAGGAUUCAUACAGGUGAAAAACCAUAUAGGUGCGAAGAAUGUGGGAAAGCCUUUAUUCGAAGCUCACAACUCAGCCGACAUCAAAAAGUCCAUACUGGUGAGAAACCUUUUGAAUGUAAAGAAUGUGGAAAGGCUUUCACUCAGAAUUCACAGCUUACUCUGCACCAGAGACUCCAUACUGGUGAGAAGCUUUAUGACUGUAAAGAAUGUAGGAAGGUCUUUACUCAGCUUUCACAGCUUAUUCUCCAUAGAAGAAUUCAUACUGGUGAGAAACCUUAUGAAUGUAAAGAAUGUGGAAAGGCUUUUAUUUGUGGUUCACAGCUUUCACAGCAUCAGAAAAUUCAUAAUGGAGAAAAGCCAUAUGAAUGUAAGGAAUGUGGAAAGGCUUUUAUUCGAGGCUCACUACUUAUGCAACAUCAAAGAAUUCAUACUGGUGAAAAACCCUAUAAAUGUGAUGAAUGUGGAAAGGCUUUUAUCCGUGGUUCCCAACUUACUCAACAUCAAAGGAUUCAUACUAAUGAAAAGCCUUAUGAAUGUAAAGAAUGUGGAAAGACCUUUAGUCAUGGCUCACAACUUACUCAACAUCAGAGAAUUCAUACCGGUGAGAAACCCUAUCAAUGUAAGGAGUGUGGAAAAGCCUUUAAUCGUGGAUCACUCCUUACUCGACAUCAGAGGAUUCACACUGGUGAAAAACCCUAUGACUGUAAAGAGUGUGGAAAAAAUUUUAGUCGGGGCUCAGAACUUACUCAGCAUGAGAGAAUCCACACUGGUGAGAAGCCCUAUGAGUGUAAGGAAUGUGGAAAAUCUUUUAUUCGUGGCUCACAGCUUACUCAACAUCAAAGAAUCCAUACUGGUGAAAAGCCUUAUGAAUGUAAAGAAUGCAGGAUGGCCUUUACUCAGAGUUCACAUCUUUCUCAACAUCAGAGACUUCAUACUGGUGAGAAACCCUAUGUCUGCAGUGAAUGUGGCAAAGCCUUUGCUCGUGGAUUACUACUUAUACAACAUCAGAGAAUUCAUACUGGUGAAAAACCGUAUCAGUGUACGGAAUGUGGGAAGGCCUUUAUUCGUGGUUCACAGCUUACUCAACAUCAGCGAACUCACACUGGAGAAAAACCUUAUGAAUGCAAGGAAUGUGGGAAGGCCUUUGGUCAUGGCUCUCAACUUACUCUACAUCAGAGAAUCCAUACAGGUGAGAAGCCCUAUGAAUGUAAAGAAUGUAGAAAAGCCUUCACUCAGAGCUCACAUCUUUCUCGGCACCAACGAAUUCAUACUGGUGAGAAACCAUAUCAAUGUAAAGAAUGUGAGAAGGCCUUUACUCGUGGGUCACAAUUAAUGCAACAUCAGAGAAUUCAUAGCAAUGACAAAUCUUUUGACUGUAAAGAAUGUGAAAUAGACUUUAGUCAUCAUUCACAAAUUUUUAUUUGAGUUAGCUUAUUCUUUUCAAUUAUAGCUUUCCCUGGUCAUUCAUUAUCAGUAAAGAAUUCUUACAAAUGUGACUAUAGGAUUCAUAAAGUUCAGCAUUUGAAAAUUUAUAUGGGAGAAUAGAAAUGCUGAUAUAAUCCACAUAGGAAAGCCUUUUGUUUAUAACUGUAUUACAUUUUAGCAAAUUAAAAUAGAAAGUGAUUCUGUUACCAUGGUAUUGAAAGGUCUUUAGCAUAGAAAAUGUCUGUGUCAACGUUAUUGUGGUCCUAUCAGUUCAUUUCCUUUGUGGCAUUUGUUAUAAAUAACCUUGCUUUGGUUUAAUCAUUUGUAAGGUAAAUCUAAGGCCAAUUUUUUCAUAUCAUGUUUUAACAUGUAAAAGCACUUAGGACAGUGCCUUGAACAUUGCAUAUCAUAAACAUUAGGUGCUAUUUUCAUUAUUGUGAUUUUUUUUUUUUUUUUUGGUUUUUCGAGACAGGGUUUCUCUGUGUAGCUUUGCGCCUUUCCUGGAACUCACUUGGUAGUCCAGGCUGGCCUCGAACUCACAGAGAUCCGCCUGGCUCUGCCUCCCGAGUGCUGGGAUUAAAGGCGUGCGCCACCACCGCCCGGCAUUAUUGUGAUUUUUAAAGGAUGUUCAUGAAAGGAAGGAAUUUAUCAAUGUAAUUAACAUUAAGAACUCUUUCAUUAUUAUUUAUUCUAGACAAAUUAUUAUACACUGUCAUCAAUGUGAGAAAGCAGUCAUCCAAAUCUCAUAUAUUUAUUAUAAAAGGAAAUUUAUAGUAUAAAGAAACCCUGUGGUAUUAAUGGGUUAUUGAGCACCACUGUUACAGAAUUUAGGAGAGGUAUGAUUGAUUUGUCCCAAAACUUACAUGUUUCACAAUAUUCGAUGUCAACUCAAUAAUAUUAUUUACAAAUGAUGAACUAAAUACUCAAGAUAAAUCUAGGAAAUAAGAGAAACUUGAAUAUGUAGUUUGUUAACUGAAAGUAAAAAGUUAUAUCCAUAGACUACAUUUCACUUACAGUGAAAAAAAUACUGAUGUGUUUGUAUCAAAGACUGCUAUUCUACCCAAUUUUCAUUUCCCUUUCCAUCACAAAAACCCUAGGCAAAAAAAUCCUAUCUCAGUCUCCAUUGCAGGUCAACAAGAUGAAAAUGGCAUUUGUAUGAGUAGAAUAUUUAAGCAAUCCUUCCUCUGUUUCUUUUCUUUCCCCUUCUUAACACUGUAGGCAUCUGAGGUGGAGCCCAGAUAGCCUCAUGAGGAUUUUGGAAGUGGUAUCUGGGGGUUAUGGAUGGUGGAGUCUGCAACCCUGCUGAUUUUGUGAACAGUCAUUCCAACUCUACUCUGCCUAUGUAUUUCUUUAUUUAAUAUUAAAGUAACCCUCAUACUUGUU